AUGGUUGAAGAACGUAGUGCUGUUAUGGAUUUGGUAAAACAAUUGGAGAAGUCAUCUGAAUUACCGCAUAAAGGGAAAUCUUUUAAACGAGUUUGUGAGUUAUUCAAUAGUGACAAAAAAGUAGUCAGUUGGAAAUUUAAUGAAUGGGAUUAUGGUAAGAAUAAUAUAAAAUUACCAUGCAAUGCAAGAGGUUUAUUUAUUUCAGAGGAUUCGACCAAUCCAACCAUUGUUGCAAGAGGGUAUGAUAAGUUUUUCAGUGUGGACGAAGUUCCUUUCACUAAAUGGGAUGCAUUGGGCUGUACUACAAAGGGCCCAUAUGAAGUAUCUGUAAAAGCAAAUGGUUGUAUAAUAUUUUUUUCAGGUUUAGAAGAUGGGACAUUAAUAACUUGCUCUAAACAUUCCACAGGUCCAAGAGAUGAUUCUGAUAGAAACCAUGCCGAAGCUGGUGAACUGUUCUUAAAAUCACAAUUGGAAAAGUUAAAUAUUGACAUAUCUUCAUUUGCUAAAGAACUUUACAAAAGAAAUUUAACCGCUGUCGCAGAAUAUUGUGAUGAUUCCUUUGAAGAACAUAUCCUUGAAUAUUCUGGGGCCAAAGCUGGUCUAUAUUUACAUGGUCUAAAUUUAAAUACUGUUAAUUUUAAGACAUUACCAAUGACAGAUGUUACUGAAUUCGCAUUGAAAUAUGGUUUUAAGUUAAUUGAUUAUGUUACAAUAUUAGAUAUACAUAGUUUAAGAUUAUUCUUAGAAGAUUGUGCUAAAACCGGAUCGUAUAAAAAUGAAGAGAUCGAAGGUUUUGUUAUUAGAACUAAAGAUUCAAAUAGUGGCAAUGCAUUUUUCUUUAAAUACAAGUUUGAGGAACCAUAUCUUAUGUAUAGACAAUGGAGAGAGGCUACUAAGGAUUAUAUUCAAUCACAUACAAGAGUAUUCAAUUUUCGAAAACAUAGAUUUAUAACAAAUAAAUACAUGGAUUUUGUUGUGCCGAUUUUAGAUAAUGAUCCAGUUCUAUGUGAAAAUUAUUUAAAAGGACAGCAUAUCAUUGACUUAAGAAACAAAUUUUUAAAAUCAUAUGGUAUGACAGGUAUUGAAAUUUUAGACCAUGAAAAGAUUAAGGAACUUGAAUUAAGAAAUUCUUUAGAUUUUUCAAAAGUCGAUGAAUUUACCAAAUUUAUUAUUAUACCAAUUGCAGUUAUAGGCUGUGGCAAGUCUACUACUGCAAGGACACUAACAAAUAUCUUUCCAGGCAGGUGGGCCCAUGUUGAGAAUGAUGAUAUAACUUCAAAAGACAGAUCACAAUUGGUUAAACGUUCACUUGAAUUAUUAAGUAACGAUAAUAUCAAGUGUGUAAUUAUAGAUAGAAACAAUCAUCAAUACAGGGAGAGAAGAGAAAUUUUAAAUUGGAUUGAAGAAUUUAAAGAAGACUAUUUGGCUUACGAUGUUAAUGUUAAGAUUAUUGCUGUUUCAUUUGUUACCUAUGACAAUUUAGAUUUGAUAAGACAAUUGACAAUAGAUAGAGUAAAAAGAAGAGGAGAUAACCACCAAAGUAUUAAGGCUACUGUUUAUGGCGAGAAAAAAGUACUUGGUAUUAUGGAUGGGUUCAUCAAGAGAUUUCAAGAAGUUCAAGAAGGCAGAUCUCCAGACAAUCUAUUCGAUUUUAUAAUCCAUGUUCACGUUAAAGAUUAUGAUUCUUCAUUAGAAAAUACAAAUGUUAUUUUAACCAAACUACACCAAAAGUAUCCAAUUUUAGUUCCAGAUUUACCUUCUUCAAAUGAAAUUAGGGAAGCAUUCCAAAAAGCAUUAACCUAUAAACCUGUUAUAACGAAAACUUUUGGUAAUACACCAAAACAGAAAAUACAGAUAAAUAAAAGUGAAUUGAAUUCAAUAAAUGAUAAUAAGACCAAAAUUUCCCCCGUUUUCUUUUCUGCUCAUUUACUUGAUGAUGCUAUUAUAUUUGAUAUAUUCAAAGACUUCGUUAAUGUACCUGCUUUUACAAAAUCAGAGAAGUUAGUAAUAGAAGAUAUGUUAAAAAAUAGAUCAUUUCAGUCUGAGUUACAUGUUACUCUAGCUCACGUCGCUUCUUGUAAAAGAGGUGGACCUGAAUUGCAACAAAUUUGGCAAGAGUAUAACAAUCGUUACAUUCCUUUGAUUAAAAAGAACUUAAAAUUAUUGAGGAUUAAGUCAGAAGAGCUACCUAGUCAAAUAAAGACAGAUGAUAUUUUAGAAUUUUCAGUAAAAAAAAUAUGCUGGGAUAAUAAAAUUCUUUCAGCAAUCAUUGAACUUGGAGAUUUUAAAGAUUCCAAUGGUGUAAUUUUGAAGGGUUUAAAAUGUGCCAAUAAAGUCCCUCAUAUUACGUUAGCUUUACUUGAACCUGGCACAAAACCAUUUUAUUCAAAUGAAUUAUGCCAAAAUGUACAAGCUAACAAUAUCGGUAAAAAUAUCAGAGUAUAUGACAUUUCUGAAUUAAAAAUGUAUCAAGCUGCAAUUUCUAUUCAUCUUUAA